GUUAACAGAGAAAACACAGCAGGGCGCAAUGUGACAAGGACUGUCCGUGUUUUUGUCAUUUUGUUUUAACACACUAGAAAUGCAGUUCUUUUUUCACUGAUUCCUUUCUUGGGUUUACCGCGAAGGAUCUGUCUGAAGGUUUUGUUUCCUGUCCUUGCGCUGCAGAAGCCUGAUUGGGUAUGUGAUGGAGCCAGCGGUGCAUCAGAUUUGGAAGAAAGGCUUUCACAGUCUCCACAGAUCUUUCAUUCUUCAUAAGCGACACCACUCUGGUCGGGCUGAGCAUGCAGACAUCCCUCCCUCUAACCACUGCGGACAUGUUGGGCCCGCGCUGCUGGUGUCCCGCCUCUAUCAGCCGUCGAACCUGCGGGAUUUGGGGCAGGACAGCCGGCUGCCGGGGGAGAUGUCCUGUAAGAGCCAGAGGCUAAUGCAGCAGGCAGGGCUCAUCCAUCCGUCGAACCCUGGCUGCUACUACUACCUGCCUGCCACUGUGCGCUCUAUGGAGAAGCUGGUGAGGGUGAUCGACCAGGAAAUGCAGGCGAUCAGUGGACAGAAGCUGGACAUGCCGAGUUUGUGCUCGGCUGACCUGUGGAAAACCAGUGAGCGCUGGGAUCUGAUGGGGAAGGAGCUGUUCCGUUUGAAGGACCGCCACGGUGCAGACUACUGCUUGGGUCCCACGCACGAAGAGGUCGUAACAACUCUGGUUGCUCACCAGACGACCCUCUCCUACAGACAGCUGCCUUUACUGCUUUACCAAAUCACCCGCAAGUUCAGAGACGAACCAAAGCCGAAGUUCGGCCUCCUGCGAGGGAGGGAGUUCUACAUGAAGGACAUGUACUCGUUUGACGUGAGCGAAGAAGCCGCUCGCGAGACGUACGACUCUGUCUGCGGGGCGUACGCUCGGCUCUUUGCCAGGUUAGGCCUGCGUUGCGUUCAAGUGCAGGCGGACACCGGAAACAUCGGCGGAACGCUCUCCCAUGAGUUCCAGCUGCCUGCAGACAUCGGCGAGGACCGGGUGCUGGUCUGUGGGAGCUGCUCCUUUGCUGCAAACACGGAGACUUUGUCUCCGGACAGAACAAACUGUCCACAGUGCAGCACUGGCACACUGGUGGAGUCGAAGGGAAUAGAAGUAGGUCACACGUUUUAUUUAGGUAAAAAGUACUCCCAGAUUUUCAAAGCCACUUUUAGUAAUCACCAGAACAAGCCUGAUGUCACUGAGAUGGGCUGCUAUGGUCUCGGAGUGACCCGCAUCCUCGCUGCGGCCAUUGAGGUGAUGUCAACAGAGGAGGCGAUCCGCUGGCCCGGACUCAUUGCCCCCUACCAGGUUUGUGUUUUACCCCCUAAGAAAGGAAGCAAGGCGGAUGAGGCGGCAGUCCAGGCAGAGCAGCUGGUUCACACCGUGGGACAGUUUCUUCCACGUUUGAGAGGGGAAGUUGUCCUCGACGACCGCACACAGAUGACCAUCGGGAAGAGACUUAAGGAUGCCGGCAGGCUGGGCUACCCGUACGUGGUCGUAGUGGGACAGGCGGCUCUGGAGGAAACGCCAAAGUUUGAGGUGAUUUGUCAGCAGACUGGUGAGACAAUGUUUCUCAGUAAAGAUGGACUGCUAGAUUUACUGGGAACAGUGGAGAUUGUAUGAAGAAAAGCUUUAAACUGGGUUGAACUAAAUGUCCAAAUUUUCUGUAUUUUUUUUUUUUUUUGUUAGCUACGAAUAUCCAAGACCUGCUGUUAAAACUGACUUCAUGAUAGACGGGGGAUAUUUGAAAGCAGUUGGUGAUUGCAAUAAAAUAAAUGUAAA